UGUCUGUCUCCAUCUCGCUCUGUCCCCACCCAGGGGCCCGUGUUGUACCUGGACGUCCUGAGCAGAGUCUUCCCGGAGGCCCUGAGCCCGCGCGGCACUGCCCACUUCUCCUGGGCCCGGGGCUGCUCCCUGCCGGCCGCAGCCUGGCCGCUGCCCACCCUGUACUGCACUCCGGAGGAGGCGGGCACGGUGCCCUCGCGCGCCGCGGCCCUGUAUGUGCAGCUGUUGUUUGCCCUGCGGGAGCGGGAGCUGCGGGCGCUGGAGGCCGGGCUGGUCUCGGAGCUGUACGAUGCCCUGGGCGUGCUGCGCGCCGGCUGGGAGGGCCUGGCGCAGGACCUGGCCUUGGGGAGGCUGAGUGCCCGGCUGGAGCUGCCUGAGGGGACCCGGCGCCGGCUGGAGCAGCUGCUGGCUCCCGAUGCAGCGCGGGCGGCGGAGCUGAGGGCAGAGUGCGCCAGGGGCUGGGACGUCGUCGCCCGGCGCCUGUGGCCGCGGCUCCAGGUGGUGGUGGCGGCAGAGCCCAGUGGCGAGCAGCUCUACGGGGAGGCCCUGCGGGAGUCGGAGUGCCAGGGCCUCCCCUUCUACUGCCCCUUCUACGGCGCCGCAGGAGCUCUGCUCGGGGUGAACCUGUGGCCGGAGCAGCCCGAUUCCCGCUACCUGCUGUGCCCAGACUGGGCUUUCUGCGAGUUCCUGCCGGCGGGGCCGGGCGCUGAGGGGCCCCCGGGGACCGUGCUGCUGGCGGACGUGCAGCAGGGCCCGGAGUACGAGCUGGUGCUGACGGCCCAGGCUGGAUUGUCCAGGUGCCCCCUUUCCUGCCACCCCCACACGCCCUGCGUUCACCUGAUUCCCACCCUCACCCCCUGCCCUUGGCUCCCCAGGCUGAGCCAGACCCUGAGCGUGCGUGGGGAAGGCGUCACCGAGGAGCGUUUCUACCGGAGCCUGCGCCGCGCCGUGGCCAUGUGGCCGGGAGCCCGGCUGGUCGAUUACAUCUGUGCAGAGAGCAGCCUUCUGGGUGCCUCCUCCGGGGUCUGCGCCCCCCAUUACCAGGUGUUCGUGGAGCUGCGGGGCGUGCGUGAUCUGUCGGAGGUGCAGCGCUAUAAGCUGGAUCAGUGUCUCCAGGAGGAUUUUCCGGUCUACAAAACCUUCCGCUUAAAGGGCAGCAUUGGGCCGGUGCGGCUGCACCUGGUGGCGGCCGGGGCCUUCAGGGAGCUGCGGGAUGCUGUGGGCUCCCCGGGCCCCAUGGCCAGAGUCCUGAGGGAGAAGCGCCUGCUGCACUUCAUCCAGAGCAGAGUCGUCUCAUGAGGCCGGCCAGCCCUGCGGUGCCGUUGGCCCAGCGUGCCCUCGCUUGGGCUCUGCUUGUGCUGCUGCUCGCAGGGGGGCAGGGAGGGUCCCUGGUGUGGGGCAGGAGGCUGGGGAGGUCCCGUGGGGCGGCUCCCUGUCUGGUAGAGGCUGCCCGCAGAGCUGGUGGGAGGCACGCACAGCGUUUCAUGGUGCUACCGCAGGCGGGGGGGCCCUGUUGGCGCGCUGCAUCCUGCGUGGCCUCCCCGUCACAGAGCACGCUGUGGGGAGCCGCAGACCCCCGCCUGCAGCCCAAGGGCACGGGGCAGAGUGGAGAAGUUGCCUGAUCCCGCCCCUGAGACCUGCCAGCUCCCUGCGUUCGGGGCCCGACCUGCUGGCGAUGCUGCGCCAAGCAUGGCCCUGUCGGGGAGCGGCUUGUCCACCAGAUGGCGCCAGCGUCAAGUUCACCGCCCAGCUUGGCGCCAGGUGCUGGCUGUUUGGAGACCCAGCCCCCGGCGUGGGGAGAAGCAGGGCUGGCUGCCCUGUGCCCCCAGGUGGGGAAGGAGGUUUGCCCGGGGCAGGGGGUUGAAGAGGUUGAGGCGGCUGGUGAGAUCAGGGCUGAUCGCUAAAGGGCAGCAGCUGCCCCUUCCCCAUAGUCUCCACUGCUGGCAGCGGGGCAGUGCAGGGCUGGUCUCCCCAUGGCACAGCUUGGGGGCUGCGGCUCAGAGAGGCCCGGAGCCUCUGGGGCAGAGCCAGGAAUCGAACCCCGGCUAAUGCUCCCACCAUUGCACCCUACUUCCUCCGUCAGCGGGGCUUGCUCCUGCUCCCCCCCCCCCCCCCCGGCAGCACGAGGGCUGGCUGGCUGCAGAGGAAGCUGCCCCCCCGGCUGGAAUUUCUCCUCUCCCGCGGCUUCGUGACUGUGAUCCUUCCUGACACAUUUAUUACCAGGCGUUCUGCUUGUGCCUUUUGCCCCAGGCUCCGCCUCUGCAGCACCCUUGGAAUGCAGCCACCUCUGGGGUGGAAGGUGGUGGCUGCAGAAGGGAAGCCAAAGACAUGGGGGAACCACCCCUGGAUCCUGGGGCCCACACAACGCUGACAGGCCCUUGGUUUGCAGGGCUGGGAACCAAAUCGCUCUGCUCCGUGGAGCUGAGCUGGGGCUGCUGGGAGCUGCAGGGCAGGUACGGAUGUCGCACCUGGUGCUUACUAACCUGCCCCCUGGCUGUAAGCUCCCAGCUAUGGUGUCCUACAUUGUGCCAGCAGCCUGGGUCACGGCGCGUCGGAUCUGCUCCUGCGCUUGUGCGGCCCUGCAAGGCAGGGGCUGGGGCUGGCGCUUGGGAGGCUCUGCAGCACGUGCCCUCCGGUUUAUGAAACAAUGGGCUUGG